GCCCAUUAUAAGAGGAAGUUUGGCGAUCGUUUGGGAAAAGACCACGUAGUUUAUCCAGUGACCACCAGAUACGUCUAGUGGCUGUGGUUUGCAGAGCAAACGCAGCCACGCCACCGGCCCAGCGCAGUUGGGCGAAGAGAAAAAAUGGGCGGCCUCCGUCCACAACUGAUAGUAGUACUUAUUCCCUUCGCCUGCUUCAUCAAUUUGCGUCAUUUUUGUAUAUAAACGCCUGGGUUUGUGAAAUUCAAUCCCGCGUCAGGAAAUCAUUCACAAGGACAGAGCAAAUCAUGAUGUCCAUCGUAAGAAGCGCCACACUUCCCGUCACUCCUUCCUCUUCCUCCUCGUCGUCGUCUUCUUCAUCGUCCUUGAAUCGCAACUACCGGCGGCUUCCAGUUGUGAGAUUAGCUGCGGCAAAAUCGUCAGACGGGGAAACGACGGAAGAAGAAUCGGAGAAGGGAAAGAAGAAGAAGGCUAGCAAGCAAUCUCUGUUCACGUCAGUCACGGAUGCCCUCGAUUUCGCUCAGGUUCGAUCCGCCAAGGACGCCGAGCUGCUCGACAAGGCGAGGGAGAGCACCCAGUCCGGCGGCAGGAUGAGCCGCGAACAGUAUGGAGCGCUGAGGAGGAAAAUUGGAGGGACGUACAAGGACUUCUUCAAAUCCUACGUCGAGGUGGAAGGGGAGUACGUGGAGGAAGGGUGGGUGGACAAGACGUGCAAGAUCUGCAGGAAAGACACGAGGGGAGAGGCACGCCAGGUCGACAAAUUGGGGCGAUACGCUCAUGUGGCCUGCUUGCAGAACUCCGCUGCGAAUGGUGGAGGCAGCAGCACCAACCCUCUUGGGAAUUUCUUCACCAGGCUUUUCUCUGGCGGCCAGAGGUAGCGAAAGUAGGAGAGGUACAGGGAGAAUAUUACUGAAUGCACAAUGCAAGUGGGGGUUGUGUGACUGCUGUCUUGUAUCAGUGUAUAGUGAAGCAUGGUCAAAGGUGUUCGCAACCACCACUUUCGCAGAAGUUGGUAUCACUAGGGAGCAGGUUGACCGCAACAAGUGGUUAAUCACAACUCCAAAACUGCACCUUAAAUAUGGUGUCAUCUGUGGUCAAUCAAGAACAGGGGGGAAGACCCUUCUGGCGCAUUCUAUUAAGCUCAUUGCAAAAGUUACAUUAUCCGGUUACAAUCAUAGAAUGUAUAUCUCUUACCUAAGUGUCCUAUUUGGUGUUGUGACUGUUUUUACGGAUCGGAAAAUCGGAAGAUCGACUAAGGAAGAAAAUAAAAAACAAGACACACGGACUUACGUGGUUCACUAAUACGAUGUGUGUUAACUAGUCUACAGGCAGGAGAGAGUCAGUCCGACUAUAUUUUGAGGAGAUACAAAUUGCAGAGUAGUAUGAUAAUUAUUUAUAGUACUUCUCCAUGUUGUCUAACUCUAAUUUAAUCUGGUAAAGAAUAAAGUUACAAACCAGACUCCUAUGAUUUCCCGUUGUCCCCAAAUAGUAUGAUUCAAAUCAUAUCAAGACUUGGCCCCUAAAGUAAACAAUGGAAUGAGAUUUGCUUUUUGCUGGG